GAGAGAAAGAGAGAAGAGAUGUUUUAAGUUUACGGACACAAGAGGCACUGCUCAGAGCUAAAAAGCUCAUCACCUGCAGAGAAAUCAGAGAGAGAGAGAGAAGGCAAAGGGAUGCGUUGGGAGACUUAAAUUUGGGAGCAGCGCGGUGCAGAGGGGGCAUGGCGGCGUUGCAGAGUUUGUGAGAUAAUAUAGCUGUGAGUCUGCGCUGUUCUUUAAAUGCUUCCUAAAUUCGUUUUGGAGAAGAAGGAAAGGGAAGGGAAUUCAUGGCUGGAUUAACACUGCCAUACACUAACCGGUAACCACCCAAGUCUUUCCCUGACCGGCUAGAGCUGCAAUUAACCCUUACCCAACUACACCACCACCAACACAAACUCACACAAACGCAACUCGCUUGAGAAAUUAAACAGUAAGAACAAAUAUACACAACACUCAUAUACAGCACGCAGAAGAAGAAUUUUCAACAAAAGAGAAGAAGUUUCACGCACAGAAGCCAGAAAAAAGAGGAAUUGAAGAAUACCCAUUUCGUAUUUGGGUUCUGCAGAUUUUUGGAGAGAGUGGAGCUUCUGAUAUGGAUUGUCUGUCACAAUUGAGGUCCCGGUCAGGCAUAGAGGAGGAACAAUGGCUGGGUUUUUCUCAUUAGGUGGAAGAGGAAGAGGAACAACGAGCAGCCAAGAAGAUCAUCAUCAUCAUCACCAGCAGCAACAGCAAAGCAGCAACCACCCUCCGACAGAGAUUCCCCCAGAGAGCUUGUUCUGGUACAAGAAUGAAGAGGUGGCAGCGUACAAGGGUUUCGAACUAUGGCAACAGCAACAGCAAGAACAAGUACUUCUCCAACAACGGCACCAUCAACAUCUUCAACAAGAUCUCUACACCUCAGCGGCUGGGUUAGGCGUGGGCCCCAGCAGGAGCUCAAUUAACGUCUCUGAUGAGUCGCCUUCAAGAUCGGCGCUCAUGAUGAUGAGGUCCACAGGAGGAGGGGUGAGCUGCCAGGACUGCGGGAACCAAGCCAAGAAGGACUGCGUUCACAUGCGGUGCAGGACUUGCUGUAAGAGCCGCGGAUUGGAGUGCCAAACCCAUGUCAAAAGCACUUGGGUUCCGGCUGCCAAGCGCCGCGAGCGCCAACAUCAUCUCUCUGCUUUGCAGCAGCAACAACAACAACAACAACAACAACUUCAGCUCCGCGGAGAGAAUCCCAAAAGACAGCGAGAGAAUCCAGCCACUUCCUCUCUCGCCUGCACUCGUUUGCCCACCAGCGCGUCAGGGUUAGAACUUGGACAUUUUCCGGCAACAGUGAGCUCUCCUGCUGUUUUCCAAUGCGUACGAGUGAGCUCCAUUGACGACACAGACGAUCAGUACGCGUAUCAGACAGCUGUCAACAUAGGAGGCCAUGUUUUCAAGGGCAUUCUCUAUGACGUAGGUCCCGAAACGAACUACUCGGUGGGUGGGGAGAGCUCCUCCGGGGGUGGCGGACUUCAACCUCUGAACCUUAUCGCCGGUGCCGCCUCUACCAGUGCCGCCACUGCAGAAGUGGCUUCGUCUGCCAUGGCACUUCUCGAUCCUUCUUCUCUAUACCCAGCUCCGCUUAACACUUUCAUGGCUGGUACGCAAUUCUUCCCACCCCCAAGAUCAUGAAAACAAACCCACAUUCUUCCAUCUUUCUUUCUCUCUCUCUCUGACCAACUUUUCACUCCUCCGGCAAUAUUUGAUAGUAUUGAUGUAGUAAAUUUGACAAUCAUUCAAGUAGGAGUAAAGGGAAAAAAAAAAAAAUGUACGAGCGGAAACGGGGAAGCUGUUUGUUUUUGUGCAAAUCUCAAAUCCUCAUUGAAAGUUAAAUUAUUGUUAUUGUUUUUUCAUUUCGUUGAAAUGGGAAGUUGUUUCUGUACGAAAUGGGCGUGCAGUCCAGCGUAUGCAGUGCAGAGCGUCUGUCUGUCUGUUGUUUCUAUUUUUUAUUCUUCUUUGAAGGGUUUUUUCCUCAACUGGUUGAAUUUCA